UACAUAUAGGAUAAUUUAAUAUUUUGGUUCCCAUUGGUCCAUAAAUUGUGUACGGACGUGAGCUUAACUGGCGGAGUUGCCUUCCUUACAUAUCUACACUCACAGAUAUAACUUCAUAAAUCUAGCUACUUCUAGAUGUUUCCAUUAAUAAUGCAAAAACUCUGCCAGUAAGAAAGAAAGAAAGAAAAGAAAUGGAUCACAGAACAGAGGAAGAAGAAGGAGAACAACAAAAUUUGGGGGAAGAAGCAGUGCAUGACGAGAGGAGGAGAAAGCAGAAGAUAACAAUAAGGUUGGUUUAUGCUGAUGGAUCAAGUAGAUGGAAUUCGUCUUCUAGUUGUACUGCUUUGUCUUACUGUUGUCAAGCAGAUGAAUGCCUAGCAGACUUGCAAGCUGCUAAAAGAUACAAUCGCCGUCACAAGGUUUGCGAGCGACAUGCUAAAGCUCCGGUUGUCUUAGUUUCUGGCACUCGGCAAAGAUUCUGCCAACAGUGUAGCAAAUUGAAUGGCAUAUAUGCAGAUUUCAUGAGCUAGCCCUAUUUGAUGACAACAAAAGGAGCUGCAGAGAAAGAUUGGCCAGUCACAAUGAGCGCAGAAGAAAAGCUCAAGCUCAUCAUGCAGACCUUCAACCCCAACCAGAGAGCGAUAUCAAUUAAGUUAGUACAAACUUUGUUUGGAAGGCAAAAAAAAGAUGAUGAUGUUCAAACUAUUGAUAAUGAUACAUUUUUUAUAAGAAGUAAAAUGCCUUCUUUUGUAUGUUAAGAAUGAUGAAUGCCAGAAAAAUAAAUGCGCCCUCUGUAAUGAUUAAUGAAUCUCUAUGUAAGCACAAGGAUGACCUUGUUUAAAGGUUGUCCACCGUACAAUUAGCAGUGAUUCGUAUUUGUCCAUUGAAUUUGAACUCUAAUUAUAACCUUACAAAGAUGAAGAUGCCGAUCAUUGACAAAAAAAAUUUAAAAAUUAAAAUAGAAGA